GCAGGUUGUGACUGCCUUUCACCACUGAGGGAGGGCGCUAUCUGUGGUUGUCUUGGAGAUGAUGGCAGACAUACUGGAGCUGCGGACAGACGGGAAUUCGCUUCUGAAAGCGGUAUGGCUCAGACGCCUGCGGCUCACCAGGCUCCUGCUUGAGGGGGGUGCCUAUAUUAAUGAGAGCAACGAGCGAGGAGAGACACCGCUCAUGGUGGCCUGCAUGUCCAAACACAGCGACCCGCAGAGUGUCAGCAAGGCAAAGCUGGUCAAGUACCUGCUGGAUAAUAAGGCUGACCCUAACAUCCAGGACAAAGCAGGCCGGACAGCCCUGAUGCACGCCUGUAGCCAGAGGGCGGGACAUGAGGUGGUGUCCCACCUGUUGACCAAUGGGGCUGACCCAAGUCUGGAAGACAGGAGCGGGGCUUCUGCUUUGGUCUAUGCAGUCAAUGUUGAUGAUAAGGAGACCCUAAAGGUUCUCCUAGAUGCAUGUAAGGCCAAGGGCAAAGAAGUAAUCAUUAUCACCACAGACAAGUCACCCUCUGGCACCAAAACCACCAAGCAGUACCUUAAUGUCCCCCCUUCCCCAGAGCUAGAGGAUAGGUGCUCCCCUGCAUUCUGCACCACUCCCUCUGACAUUGAGCUCAACACCUCCCCCUCACCUAACUCAGCCGAGCAGCACAACACUAUCUUCAGUUUCCAGACAAAGUUGAAAUCAUCAUCCAGCACAGCAGCAAAGCUUCCCAAUGGGCCAACCUCUCCCACACGGCGACCAGCCAACCCCAAGCGUGCUCGUUUACCCCAGCUGAAGCGUCUGCAGUCAGAGCCGUGGGGGCUGAUCGCUCCCUCCGUCCUGGCUGCAGCCCACGAGGAGAGUAAGAGAGCCACCUCUGAGGAGGUUGUCACAGGCGUCAAUGGACUUGCUCUGUCCAAGAGAUCGACUAUGUCUCGACAAAACAGUGUGGAUGGCAAGGAUGUGUUGUUCCCACAAAUGUCAUCCUCAUUGUCUGUCCCUCUAACUUCCAAAUCGGCCUAUGAGAGGUCUCUGUGUCAGCACCAGCCCCUGGCCCGGCGUAGCACCGUCCCUGCAGACCAGGACAGUAGCAGCAACAGUGUGCCAGCUAGCUUGAGAGACCCGGUCUACAGGAGACGGCUGGGCACUGACCACUAUGACUCAGACUCCCAGCUGUACUCAGACUCUGGCAUGCUGGACUCUCCUAAGGUUCCUCUAGAGAGGAGGAAACUCAACACAUCUCCAUUAGCCAUGCUGACCAGCUCCAGGGAGUCCCUAGACAGCAAUGCCAGCACGUCAUCACCUAGCACAGCACGUCGCCGCGCACCAGGCCUCUUGGAGAGGCGAGGCUCGGGGACUCUGCUGCUGGACUACAUUUCCCAUACCCGGCCUGGCCAUCUACCCCCACUGAACGUCAACCCCAACCCUCCUAUCCCAGACAUCGGAGCCAGCAGCAAGCCCUCAUCCCCUCUUGCCUCAGGUUUUAUAUCAAUAGCUCCAGUAGCACCAAACUCACCAAAGAGAGGCCAGCUCAAGUCAAAAAAAAAACUUGUAAGGAGGCACUCUAUGCAAGUGGAGCAAAUGAAGCAGCUCUCUGCUUUUGAGGAGCUGUAGUGGACUCAUUGUUUGUAGAUGUAGCAAUGUUAACAUAA